CGCGCACAUUCUCACUUUGUCUAUUUUCAAAAGAUCUACACAGAAGAAGACCGAUAAUCAACAGGCAGAGUUCUCCCAGAUGUCUGGAAAUGGAACAGCGCGCUUAUUUGCGCUCAUUAUGGCCUGCACAGUCUUUGCUGCUGUGUGUCCAGCUGGGCCUCCAGGUGCGACGUUUGCAGAUAACACUGCAUUCAGCACUAAGAAACUGAUGACGAAAUGCUACGACAUGGGAUGCCCUUUGCCUAAGAUGACUCUGCUGAAGACUAUCUUCAAUAACAGUAACCUGGUAGAAGGAGGCAGAACCGUUGACCAGUCCAGCAACAUCCUGUCCACCUUUCUCCAUAUCCUGGAUAUGGCCACUGGGGCUACAAACAAAAACCCACAGAGUCCACUCCCCGUGGGUACUGCAGAGACCAUGAUGUGGAACUGCAGUAACCUUCCAGCUGUUAUAAAGAUGAUGAAGAACUCCUCAGACCCAUCCUGCUGCUACAUGAAAGCUUUUGUGGCUGCUAUGUCCUGGUCCACUUUGACAGCACAGAGUGAAAAAUACUUUAACACCAGUGACUACAACACACUGCUGUGGGCUGCCAAACCUGUGUUGCAAGAAAUACCCUCAGCAAGAAUGAUGCUCCCUGCCAGAGUAGGCACGUUCAACAUGAGACCUAUGAUGAACAUGCUGCAAGAAGUGUACUCCUCCAUGACUGAGGAGCAAAGGGUUGAGGUGGUUAACUGGGCCAAAGAACAAGUUCUACAGAACAACUUCAGCUGCACAACAAGGCCAUCAUCUGGCCCAAAGUCAACGAUGUUGAAACCCUGCACAGCAGCUCUUAAGUGGCUGGAUUCUGACACGCUGACCAUGGUGGGGCCAUACAUCUUCAGCCUGAAGCCAGUUGAUGUAGAUUCCUCUCCAAAAGAAGCUCUGUGUGGAUUUUUCCUCUCAGGCCAGUUCAAGUCCAACAUGACGACCAAGAUGAACCCCAGCCUGGGCAGGAAGUUCCUUCAGAGAAUUCAAGAGUGCUCCAAAGUCUCUGAGAAUGUUGACAAGCUUGGCCCUCUGGCUUGUUAUUACGAUGUUACAAACUUGACUCCCAGCGUUAGCAAGAAACUCCUUUCUCAGCUACAGGACUGCGACGGCCUCACAGUCGCUAAGCUGAAGAAGGACCUCGUGAACAACGUAAUGACCGGUUCCAAUAAAACCCAAGAUCUGCGUGACCUUGGCAGGAGUGUCACUUUACUAUCACCCAAACAACUGUCAGAUCUCUCUGCAAAAAAUAUCAAAGAUAUUCUUCAGAACCUGGAACCCAGUGUGAAAUGGUCCAGGAGCCAACUGCGCAUUCUAGUCCACAAACAGCUGGGAGAGAAGAAGUGUGAUGAGUUGUCAGGUCAGCAGCUGAUGGAGCUUCAGUCAGUUGCAGCUGGUUUGCCAAACUGUGUUGUAAGGAAUGUGAAACCGCAGGAUAUCCUGAACAACACAGAAACCUUGAAGACCAUCUCAAAGCAAAUGAGGAAGGGGCAGCUGAAGGUCAUGCUGCAGGGGCUGGCUGAGAAAAUUCCUCCCUCAGAGCUGGUGCAGAAGUUGGCGGGCCCUUUGCUGCGCAGCGUUUCUCUUAAGAAUCUGGAAAAGGCAAACAUCACCUCUUUAGACCAAAUAGAGAAUAAAACCUGGAGUCUGCCACAGGCUGCCUAUUUGGCAAAGAAGAUGCAUGGCCUAAAGAAGCUCCAGUACAGGAGGUUGAAUUCAGUCCUCCAGGGUAUAACAUGCAAGAUGAUUGAUGAAGUUAAUGGCAGCUACAUACUGGAUAUGGCUGAGUCCAUAACGGAGAAUCCACAGUGGAUUUCCAAAGUCCAGGCACAAUGUGCUGCUCGAAAGUUUUUUAACACUUUGGAGAAAGAGAGGACAGAUUAUUUCAAGAAUAUCACUGUGCCAGAGCUGGAGAGGAUUCCCACUAUUCUACUGCUUCAUCUGCCGCCUUUAAAGGUGAAGGAUUUACCUGACUCUGUGUGCCAAGUCUUCCUCGACAAGCUGGAAACAGCCAACCUGACCUCCCUGCCUCCUCAAGCCCCAUCACGUCCCGCACUCACCGAAAGAGCUCUGCUUUGCCUGCCCAGUGGAAACAACAUCUCUGGAUUGACCAGUUUAGAUCUAUCAAGGCUUGGUCCACUCUUGUGUGAGCUGAAACCCCCCAUGCUGCGCUUCAUGGCCCCUGAAGUGUUGAAGUUCAGCCUCCAGGCCAUGGCUUCCUGCGAGCACAUUCCUCAGCCUCACAGGGCAGAUCUGAUCCAACUGGUCAGCCAGGUGUUUGGGAGUCCUUCUGAUUGGCCAGCUGAGACCAUGGAAUCACUGGGUCCCCUCAUUCUGUUGGAUGACAAUGCCACCUCCACUUUGCCAAAUAAACCUUGGAUGAAGGACGUUCUUGUUUUCCUGAAGCCGCGCCUUACUCAGAUUUCAGAUGUACUUAAAAAGAAGAUCUUUAAUUUUACCACCACUACCUCAAGCACAGCACGUAAAAGGAGAGCAGCCAGUGGUAAUACAUCCAGCAACAGUACAGAACCUACAGAAGCAGUUGUUGAAGAACUGGGACAGGACAACGUGUUCUGGACACCAGCGGCUCUGAAACUGAUGUCAAACAGCACAUUCCUGGCUACUGUAGAGAUACUCGGAUCGGUCCCUAAUUACAGCUCAGACCAGCUGGGAGCGCUCUAUAGAAAGGGAGUUGAGGUCUUUGGCCCCGUGCCAAGUAUGACUGAGAGUAUUAUCAUUCAGCUGGGGUGUAUUACUCAGAGCUUCUCCAACUCCGAGCUGGAAAUGCUUCCCUUGUCUCUGGAAAAUCUGGAUGAAAUCGCUGUCUGUGGCUGGAAGAAUUCACAGUUGCCUUCAGUCUGGAAGGGUGUUGCUAAAUAUAACAACCUGACAGCGGCGCUGCUGGGAUCUGCAGAGAUGGUUCAGCUGAGCCGGUUCAUUUGUGGUCUCAACUCCAGCGAGAUCGGUCAGCUCAGCGUGGGUGCCUUCAGCGAUGCCGUGGGCUCCAUGGAUGGUCUUCAGUGUCCUGUUGAGGUCUUACAGCAGCUGAAAAAUGUUGCUGUUUCUGCGUUUGGAGGUCCCGGCAACUGGACUGAGGCUCAGGUUUCUGACCUGGACAACAUUAUUGCCUGUUUGAAUCAAUCUGAAAUGGCCUCCCUGAGCCCUUCUGUCUUCCCAUUCAUCAGCAAGAGCUGCAUUUCCCAAAUUCCUCCUCAGAACUUUGCUGUUCUCUCUGUUGUUCAGCUGGAGGCUCUGGGUCCUGACAACGCCGCCAUGGUGACCAGUGAACAGCGAGCAGUGCUAACAGAGGAACAACUCAGCAUUCUUAAAAAGGCGACCACCGGCGGCCAGGAGGACCAGAAGCAGACCCAGGCUUUAGCAUCGGGAGCUCCUGUGUCAAGUCUGGAAGGAAUGUCCACCUUCAUCAAGCCUGUCCUGUUUCUCUUCAUUGGAUUCCUUCUGCUGUGAAUGGAUUCAUCACUUCCUGCUGCAAAGCCAGCUGGAACCUCACCAGGAGCAAUCCUCAGUCAGCACUUUUUCACUAUAUAUAUUUAUAUUUAUCUUCAUUGUACUUAAGCCUUAGAUUAUUUUACGCUGUGUUUAAAAUACUUUAUAAAAAUGACUUUGUAAACUGUGUAAGGUUUAUGGUUAAGCUUUAAACAUUUUAUCACAUGUAUAUUUUAAGAGAGCAUAUUUUAAUAGAAUGAAUGCUGUCUAGAAUGGAUCUAGAAGGACGGUCCACCUUCAUGAGGCCUGUUCUGUUUCUUAUUGGACGCAUCCUGCUGCCAAACCAAAGGACUUCGGUACCAUGUGAUUCUUCCAGACUGGUCCUGUUUGUAGCCAAGAUUUACAUCUUUUGACUCUGUGUGAUUGUAAGGGUGUGGUUACAGUGAAUUUUAUCGGAUUAGCUUUGAAUAUUUCAUUAAACAUUUAUUCAAGAGGGAGCAUAUUUUAUUAGAAUGGAAAGGAAUAUAUUGAUAAAAUACUGGAAGGCAAAGGAUAAAAUUCAAUAAAGAUCUGAGAAUUAUCUGAGCAAAAACAUUUGAGAAUAAAAGUUAAUUGAAGCCA